UCGCGCGCGGCUCAACGACGACGAUCGCGGCGCGGCUUUUGGCCGAACGGUUGAGCUUAAGGUUCUUUAAUUAUACUCGGUAUUUGGCGGAGAGCAGAUCGUUUUCCUACUUCGCUGCCGCUGCGAAGGCUUCUUCUAAACCCAAGUGACAAGCGUUCUACGUGUGUGUGCGUGUGUGUUGUGUGUUCUCUCCGGUGGUGCUAAGUGAUGCGCGAUUGCGGUGUUGAUAGAUCGCAGUGCUGUUCUGUAACCUUGAGCAAUCUACUCGGUUCUACCUUUAGUAUCUAGUCACGGCGCGAUCCUCAACGGUUUCGCUACUUGAAUAGUGUGUGCGCUGAUUGAAGCAGCAACAGCAACGAAAAAAAGUGAAUUUAUACACACCUGCCUGCUGAAAGUGAAGUUAUACACGGAUGAAAUCGAAUUCCAGCUAACUAGAAGGUGUGAAUUGUUUGCGCGGGGUGGUGAUCGUUACGGAAGUGUUGUGUCACAUGUGCUUUCGCGCUGGAUAAGCUCAGUCGAGGCUGGUUUAUCAACCUGGAAACGUCGUCAUCCCCGGGAAGCGAUCCGAUCCGGGCAUCCAUUGUGAACCACAACACUCUUUUUCUGUUUUAAUUCGAGGAAGCAAAAUCAAGAUCCAAAGAAUAUGGUAGGACAAAGAAUCGCAAACUCUUUACUCAAGAGAUCAGCAUUUUCGUCGGCCAUCAAUGUGCUACCAAACGAAGUGGCCGCGACACCGGCUGCCGCGGCGACCCUCGCAGAUCCGCAGCAGCUGGCCGAGCUCGGUGGCCACGUGAGACCGUACACGGAGGUUCCGGGUCCGAAGGAGCUACCCCUCAUUGGCAACAGCUGGCGGUUCGCCCCGCUAAUCGGCCAGUACCGCAUCGAGGACCUCGACAAGGUGAUGUGCGAUCUGCACCGGCACUUUGGCAAGAUCGCCAAGGUGGGCGGACUGAUCGGCCACCCGGACCUGCUGUUUGUGUUCGACGCCGACCUCAUCCGGGACACGUUCAAAAAGGAGGAAGUCCAGCCGCACCGGCCGGCGAUGCCCUCGCUGCGCAACUACAAGUCCAAACUGCGGAAGGACUUUUUCGGCGACAACAUGGGCCUGAUUGGAGUUCAUGGUGAAAAGUGGGACGCGUUCCGAGCUCAGGUUCAGCAGGUGAUGCUGCAGCCGACGACGGCAAAAAAGUACAUAGCACCUCUCGACGAAAUCUCCACCGAUUUUAUGGCCAGAAUACACGAAAUGCGGGACGAGAACAAUGAACUGCCGGGAGAUUUCCUCCACGAACUCUACAAGUGGGCACUCGAGUCUAUAGGACGUGUCGCGCUGGACACCCGACUGGGCUGUGUCUCCAAGGACGGUAACGAAGAGUCCAAACGGAUCAUCGACUCCAUCAACGCCUUCUUCUGGACUGUGGCCGAGGUCGAGCUGCGGAUGCCCAUCUGGCGGAUAUAUCAAACGAGCGCGUACAAGAAGUACAUUGGCGCACUGGACACAUUCCGAGACUUGUGUAUGCGACACAUCAACAUUGCCAUGGAAAAGAUGAACAACAGCACGGAGGUCAAGAGCGAGGAGCACAUUUCGAUCGUUGAGCGGAUUCUGCAAAAGACAAACAACCCCAAAAUUGCGGCUGUCCUGGCGCUGGACCUGAUCAUGGUGGGGGUCGAUACGACAUCUGUUGCGGCCACCUCGACAAUCUACCAGCUGAGUCAGAACCCGGACAAGCAGGAAAUUUUAUUUAACGAAAUCAAACGCAGUCUGCCAACGCCGGAUACAAAGUUCACCAUUUCGAUGCUGGAAACGAUGCCAUAUCUGCGGGCGUGUAUCAAAGAGACACUCAGAAUGUACCCGGUGGUGAUUGGCAACGGGCGGAGCCUCCAGUCGGACGCGGUCAUCGGAGGAUAUCACAUUCCAAAGGGGACCCACGUCAUCUUCCCCCACCUGGUGGUGUCUAAUCUGGAGGAGUACUUCCCGGAGCCGGAUCGGUUCCUGCCCGAGCGGUGGUUGAAGCGGGGUGAGCUGAAGGAGCACGCCGGGUGUCCCCACGCCGGUCAAAAGAUCCAUCCGUACGUGAGCUUGCCGUUCGGUUACGGCCGGCGGACGUGCAUCGGACGACGAUUCGCCGAAUGCGAACUUCAGAUUCUGUUGUCCAAGCUUUUCCGACGGUAUCACGUCGAGUACAACUACGACAAGCUUACGUACAAGGUGAAUCCCACUUACAUUCCUGACAAACCACUCAAGUUUAAACUAACCGAGCGGAACAAUUGACCGGGCGGUGGCGCCACACGGAAGAGACAAUUUGUAAUAGCUACCGUAGCAUGUAAGGGUCUUCUUCGCAUUCGACACGGGUGUAAUGCUCGUGACGAAGGUUAAAGAAUAUUUAUGUAAAUAAAAUGUACGAAAUAAACGCGAUAAGGUUGAAUACAAAGAUAAAGCA